CCCAAAUCUUGCUGUGUCUUCCCUGCUUACCCUGUGUCUGUGGAUCGGAUCCCCUUUCUUUUCACCAAGAGGUUGUGAAAUUGAUCUCUUUCUCUUUCUACCAAGAUUUUCUUUCACUAAAUCCUCUUCCUUCCCUGUAUUAUUUAUUCCCUUCUCUUAUUUAUGUGUUGUACACCCUAAAUACCUUUCUUUUUGUGUGACUUGUUUUUUCCCCAAAGGAGGAAAAAAAGGCUCUUUCCCUCUUGGUUGUGUCUCCCCUCCCAGUCUGUGGUGUGUGUGUCUCUCUCUGUCUGUCUCUUUUCUUUCUUGUCGGAGGCUGUGGGAUAAUGGCGUGUGGGUUGUGGCUGUGAGGAUGAGUUCCUGCUUCGUGCCGAACGGGGCCAGCUUGGAGGAUUGCCAUUCCAAUCUAUUCUGUCUGGCUGAUUUAACAGGAAUUAAAUGGAAACGAUAUGUAUGGCAAGGUCCAACAUCUGCCCCAAUUCUCUUCCCGGUGACGGAAGAAGACCCCAUUCUAAGCAGCUACAGCCGUUGCUUGAAGGCAGACAUCCUGAGUGUGUGGCGGCGAGAUCAGAGACCUGGGCGCAGAGAGCUGUGGAUAUUCUGGUGGGGUGAUGACCCCAGCUUCAGUGACCUGAUCCACCAUGACCUUACAGAUGAAGAAGAUGGUGUGUGGGAGAAUGGGCUUUCCUACGAAUGUCGUACUCUGCUUUUCAAAGCAAUUCACAAUCUGGUGGAAAGAUGCUUAAUGAACCGGAACUUUGUGCGCAUUGGGAAAUGGUUUGUGAAGCCUUAUGAGAAAGAUGAAAAGCCUAUAAAUAAAAGUGAGCACUUGUCCUGCUCCUUCACCUUCUUCUUGCAUGGGGACAGCAAUGUUUGUACCAGUGUGGAGAUCAACCAACACCAACCUGUGUACUUUGUUAGUGAAGAACAUCUAACCCUGGCCCAGCAGUCCAAUAGCCCUUUUCAAGUUAUUCUCAGUCCUUUUGGAUUAAACGGCACACUCACAGGACAGUCAUUCAAACUGUCAGAUUCGGCUACAAAAAAGCUAAUUGGUGAAUGGAAACAGUUCUAUCCUGUCACGUCCAACCUGAAGGAGGGUUUAGAAGAAAAGCAAGAGGAGAUGGAUUGGGAAGAUGACUCUCUUGCUGCUGUGGAAGUCCUUGUUGCCGGAGUGCGGAUGGUCUAUCCAGCAUGCUUCGUUCUAGUUCCCCAGACAGACAUUCCUGCUCCUAGUGUUGUUGGAUCAAGCAAUUGCUUGGGUGCCCAUCAAGUGCCUGCUUCCACAAGAGAUCCCACCAUGUCUUCUGUUACCCUGACUCCACCUACAUCCCCAGAAGAGGUUCAAACAGUUGAUGCUCGUUCAGCCCAAAAGUGGGUGAAACUUUCUUCUGUUUCUGACGUAUUCAGCUCUGACAGCAUGAGUCACCACGGAGGCAAAAUCCCUCGGAAGCUGGCCAAUCAUGUGGUCGAGAGAGUUUGGCAAGAAUGUUAUAUGAACAGAGCACAGAACAAGAGGAAGUAUUCUGCUACAUCAAAUGGAAUGUGUGAAGAGGAGAUGGCGGACAAAAUAGCAUGUUGGGAGUUUGUGGAAGCCACUCAGAGGACGAGUUGCAUUUGCUCAAGGCACAAAAAUCUCAAACCACGAAAUGCAAUUCAGCAGGGGCCGGUCCCUCCUGUGGGCCAGCAGCAGCAAGUAGCUCCAAAGCACAAGGUGAAUGAGAAGCAAGAAAAAGGAGAUAAGCCCCAGAAGCGUCCUUUGACUCCAUUUCACCACCGUGUGUCCAUUGGCGAUGAUGUCGCCAUGGAGGCGGACUCAGCCAGUCAGAGGCUGGUGAUCACCACGUCGGAUAACCAAGUGAGAUUUUCAAAUCUCAGAACUAAUGAUGUAGCAAAGACUCCUCAGAUGCAUGGCACUGAAAUGGCCAACUCACCCCAGCCGCCACCUCUCAGUCCUCACCCCUGUGAUGUAGCCGAUGAAGGGGCAACCAAAACUCCUUCCACUCCCCAGAACCAUCAUUUCUAUCAGAUGCCAACUCCAGACCCUUUGGUUCCUUCCAAAACAAUGGAAGACAGGAUAGAUGGCUUGUCUCAGCCUUUCCCAGCUCAGUUCCCUGAGGUUAUAGAGCCCACAAUAUAUGUUGGUACAGCGGUGAACUUGGAGGAGGAGGAAGCAGAUUCCACGUGGAGGUAUUACAAGGUUCCAAAGAAAAAGGAUGUGGAUUUCCUGCCACCGCAACUUCCGAGCGAAAAAUUUAGGGAGGAGCCGAUGGGAUGUGCAGGGCAGGACAACUUACCUUCAGCUACAGAAUUAAUGGUGCAAUGCAGGAAGCCCCUAAAGGUCUCUGAAGACCUGGUGCAGCAGUAUCAGAGUAAGAAUCAGUAUCUAGCAGCAAUAGCAGCAGACCAGGAGCCAGAAAUGGAUCCAUAUGCAUUUGUGGACGGCGAUGAAGAGUUCCCUUUUCCUGACAAAAAAGAGAGGCAGAACAGUGAGCGAGAAGCUGGGAAAAAGCAUAAGACUGAAGAUGGGACACCUGGUGUUGGAGAGGAUGCAAUGUCACUUUUUAGUCCUUCUGUCAAACAAGUAGCAGAUGCCCAGCGCGUUCCUCCUCACAAUCGCACAGCGUCAACCAGCUUGUUUCAUGAGAACGACCUCGUUGUCUCAUUCACCGACCUCGACAAUAUCUUCAAUUCCGAUGAAGAUGAGCUCACACCUGGGGCUAAAAGAACACUGAAUGGAGCAGAUGACAAAGCCAACUGCAAAGAGUCAAAAGCAGGCAACUUGGACCCCUUGUCAUGCAUAAGCACGGCCGAUCUUCAUAAAAUGUAUCCUACACCACCAUCCUUGGAGCAGCAUAUUAUGGGGUUUUCUCCUAUGAACAUGAACAGUAAGGAAUAUGGCAGCAUGGACACAACACCCGGAGGGACUGUCCUAGAAGGAAAUGGUGCUACCUCUGGAGUUCAGUUCAGGAUUGAGGUGGAUGAGGGAUUCUGUAGUCCCAAACCUUUGGAAAUAAAGGACUACUCCUAUGUUUAUAAGCCUGGAAACAGCCAGGCUUUUGUUGGGUGUUCCAUGUUUGCACCGCUGAAGACUCUUCCAAGCCAGUGUGUCCCUCCCGUCAAACUGCCAGAGGAGUGUAUUUACCGCCAGAGCUGGGCUGUUGGAAAACUGGAGCUGCUUCCUCCAGGCCCUACAAUGCCAUUCAUCAAAGAGGGUGAUGGAAGCACUUUUGAUCAAGAUUAUGGCCCUGCCUACACUCCACAAACUCAUACUCCCUUUGGAAUGCCCCCCAGCAGUGCCCCACCCAGUAAUAGUGGGCCAGGCAUUCUCCCUUCGCCUUCCACCCCUCGUUUCCCAACUCCUCGAACUCCAAGGACGCCUCGGACUCCCCGAGGGGCUGGUGGCCCAGCCAGUGCUCAAGGUUCAGUCAAAUAUGAGAAUUCGGACUUGUAUUCACCAGCUUCAACGCCAUCAACAUGCAGACCGUUAAAUUCUGUUGAGCCUGCCACUGUUCCUUCUAUCCCCGAGGCCCACAGUCUCUACGUUAACCUAAUUCUCUCAGAAUCAGUGAUGAAUCUUUUCAAAGAUUGCAAUUUUGACAGCUGUUGCAUCUGUGUCUGCAACAUGAACAUCAAAGGUGCUGACGUUGGAGUUUACAUUCCAGAUCCAACACAGGAGGCUCAGUACAGAUGUGCCUGUGGUUUCAGUGCAGUUAUGAACAGGAAGUUUGGCAACAACUCUGGACUGUUUCUUGAGGAUGAGCUGGAUAUCCUGGGCCGCAAUACAGAAUGCGGCAAAGAAGCUGAGAAGCGCUUCGAGGCUCUCCGAGCCAGUUCUGUUGAGCACAGCGCAGGGCUAAAGGAGGCCGACAGACUGCCGGAUGAGCUGAUACUGUUGCUGCAAGACCAGUGUACCAACCUGUUUUCACCGUUUGGGGCGGCAGAUCAAGACCCUUUGCCCAAGGUUGGAGCAACCAGCAACUUGGUACGUGUUGAGGAAAAGGAUUGUUACAAUGACUGCUACCUUGCAUUGGAACAUGGGCGCCAGUUUAUGGACAACAUGUCUGGAGGAAAAGUGGACGAAGCGCUUGUGAAAAGCACUUGCUUGCAUCAUUGGUCAAAACGGAAUGUUGUAGAUGUGAGCAUGCAGUGUUCUCAGGACAUCCUGCGCAUGCUGCUGUCGCUCCAGCCUGUUCUUCAGGAUGCGAUUCAGAAAAAACGAACCGUUCGCUCUUGGGGUGUGCAGGGCCCUCUGACGUGGCAACAGUUUCACAAAAUGGCUGGCCGAGGCUCUUAUGGAACUGAUGAAUCUCCAGAACCACUGCCCAUUCCAACGUUUCUAUUGGGGUAUGAUUAUGACUUCCUGGUGCUGUCCCCCUUUGCCUUACCAUAUUGGGAGAGGCUGAUGUUGGAACCCUAUGGAUCUCAAAGAGAUAUUGCUUACGUUGUGGUGUGUCCGGAGAAUGAAGCUCUGCUGAAUGGAGCAAAAACCUUCUUUCGGGAUCUGACAGCGAUAUACGAGUCCUGCAAACUUGGCCAGCAUCGACCGAUCUGUAAACUGUUGCCCGAUGGGAUCAUGAGAGUUGGUUCUGCUGCUUCAGACAAGCUUUCAGAGAAGACUGUUGCCGACUGGUUCUCUCAGGCAGCUCAUGCCAACAACGAGUCAUUUUCUAGGCUCAAGCUUUAUGCUCAAGUUUGCAGAUACGAUUUGGGUCCUUAUCUUGCUACGCAGCCAUUGGACAAUUCUUUGCUUUUGCAGUCAAGCUUGGUUUCUCCCACAAGCCAUUCUGCAUCCUCCCAAACUCAGAUUGUGGGCAACUCCACCCCUUCCUCUGCUAGCAGCAGUGCUGUGACAAUGAACUCAACCAGUGCCAUGGCCCCCACUGCCACUACAGGCAACUCCACCCUGACCACCUCCGCCACUUCCUCCUCCGCUUCCACCGUGGGCAGUGGGAUAUCAGCGAACAAACCUUCGUCGUUUCCACCCUUCGGCAGCAUGAACACUACCACUGCUUCCUCCUUGUCCACACAAUCUACAGCAGUCCAGAAUGGGCAGGCAGGGGCCCAGCAGCAGCAGCAGCAACAGCAGCAACAGCAGCAAACAUCUGGGGAAGCAUCAUCUGUCCCUGCACAGCCACACCCGGAGGUUUCAGAGAGCACGAUGGACAGGGACAAAGUGGGGAUUCCCACUGAUGGCGACUCGCAUGCGGUCACCUACCCACCAGCCAUUGUGGUUUAUUUGAUCGACCCUUUCACGUACGAGAAGAAAGAGGAGAGCAGCUCUUCUAACGUGUGGACUCUUGGCCUUCUCCGGUGCUUUCUAGAAAUGAUCCAAAGUCUCCCUCCCAACAUCAGGAACAUCGUUUCUGUUCAGCUUGUCCCUUGUCAAUAUCUGUUACAACCCGUCAAGAAUGAAGACAGACAGAUCUACACCCAGCAUCUAAAGUCAUUGGCUUUCUCAGCCUUUACCCAGUGCCGGAGACCACUCCCAACAUCAACCAAUGUGAAAACACUAACAGGAUUUGGCCCAGGCUUAGCAAUGGAAAUGGCUCUGAAAAGUCCUGAUAGACCAGAGUGUAUUAAGCUAUAUGCGCCUCCAUUUAUACUGGCUCCUGUCAAAGAUAAACAGACGGAGCUAGGAGAAACGUUUGGAGAGGCCGGACAGAAGUACAAUGUGCUUUUUGUGGGAUACUGUUUGUCCCAUGAUCAGAGGUGGCUUCUUGCGUCAUGCACAGAUCUGUACGGAGAAUUGCUGGAGACCUGUAUCAUCAACAUUGAUGUACCAAACAGGGCUCGUAGGAAAAAAGGGUCUGCUCGCAGACUUGGUCUCCAGAAACUCUGGGAGUGGUGCCUGGGGCUUGUGCAGAUGAGCUCGUUGCCGUGGAGAGUCGUCAUAGGCCGCCUUGGCAGAAUAGGCCAUGGAGAACUGAAAGAUUGGAGCUGUUUGCUGAGUCGCAGAAACCUGCAGUCCCUUAGCAAGAGGCUGAAGGACACGUGCAGAAUGUGUGGGAUAUCUGCUGCUGACUCUCCCAGCAUUCUCAGCGCUUGCUUAGUGGCGAUGGAGCCGCAGGGGUCCUUUGUCAUCAUGCCAGAUUCUGUGUCAACAGGCUCCGUCUUUGGGCGCAGCACCACCCUAAACAUGCAGACGUCUCAGCUCAACACCCCACAGGAUACAUCGUGCACUCAUAUACUUGUGUUCCCCACAUCUGCGUCUGUGCAAGUGGCAUCCUCGACUUACACAACUGAAACCGGUUUGGAUCUGGCCUUCAAUACAAACAACGAUGGAGCCGAUGGGAUGGGCAUCUUUGAUUUGCUGGACACGGGAGAUGACCUUGACCCUGAUAUUAUUAACAUCUUGCCUGCUUCCCCGACGGGGUCCCCUGUACACUCACCAAGUUCCCACUUCACCCAUGGAGGCGAUAUGGGCAAGGGUCAAGGUACAGACCGGUUGCUUUCCACGGAGUCUCACGAUGAGGUCACCAACAUUCUGCAGCAGCCCUUGGCCCUUGGCUACUUCGUAUCAACUGCCAAAGCAGGUCCGUUGCCUGACUGGUUUUGGUCGGCGUGUCCUCAAGCACAAAAUCAGUGCCCCCUCUUUCUAAAGGCUUCUUUGCACCUCCAUGUGCCUUCAGUGCAAUCGGACGAGCUACUUCACAGUAAACACUCCCAUCCUCUUGACUCGAAUCAAACUUCCGAUGUCCUCAGGUUUGUGUUGGAACAGUACAACGCACUCUCCUGGCUAACCUGUGAUCCUGCGACCCAGGACCGGCGGUCAUGUCUCCCAGUUCACUUUGUGGUGCUGAAUCAGUUGUAUAACUUUAUCAUGAAUAUGCUGUGAUCUUUAUCCGAACUGGGCAAGUGAAACAAAACACAAAAAAAGGGAAAGGAAGAUUUCACUGCAGGACUAAGUUAAUUCUUCUCCAUUCAAGGCAUUUUGUGAUGGAGGGAUCAUUCUUGUUUCUCCAGCAACAGAAUUGUGUUUGACUUAUGGGGGGAGGGGGCAUAUGACCCCUGAUGUUCAGUUUUAUUCCCUCCCCCCCUUCAUUAAUAUAUUGCCUAUACCGGACUGGUUAUAGAGUGAUGGAUUGCUCAAUCACAAUGUAUUAUAUCUUUUUAGUAGCAAAAAGUAACCAUCUCUUUCCCUCCUCUUCCCCCCACACCCAUCACAGUAUUUGUGAAGAGUAUAUGAGCCAUAGGCCCCCAGCCAUGUUUAAUGAAUAUUUUAAAAAAGAAAUAAGCAUGGAGACAAAAAAUAAAAGACAUCAGAUAAGGGAGGGGAAGAAAAAAAUUGAUUUUGUCAAAUCGCUUUUGGAACACUGCAACGUUCUUGUAUUGGAUUAUAGUACCUAGUAUUCAAAAAAAUAUGCCUGCAUCUCUUAUUUAUUGUAAGUUUUUAAAUGUAUAAAUUGUCUUAUAUUUCUUAACCUCUUUUAUAAAAAACAAAAAUUUUCCUAGAAGGUUUAUACUGCCUUCUCGCUUUAAAGCAAUUGGUCUAAAAAUAUAUAUGUAAUUGUCUUAAUGGAAAGUUGCGGUAGGUUGCUUUUAGAGUAUUAUUUUUUUGUAAGGGGAUUGGGGAGGGCAGGGGCAGUAAAAUUUGUAUUUGGUCUUGAUGUACAGUUUAAUGGGGAAUAUAGGAGGAGGGGGGGAAGGGAUAUAAAUGUCCAUGCCAUUGUGUGUGGGAGAUUUACAGCUAAGCUGUAGUUGCAGAUUAUAUGUGUACAGUAAUGAAGUUCACUGUGUUUAUAUAAAAUUGAAGAAAAACAAAAAAGGUACUGGGUCUUACAGCAAUUUUAUAUCACACCUUUGCAGAGUUAACAUAAUGGCAAUAUAUUAAAAAAAAGUGAUAUGGUAGGUGGUUUAACUUGUAGUGAGAAUUUUAAAAGAAAAAGAUAAUAAAUUGUUUUAAUUUUUGUAUUUUUGUUUGGGACUCAGAUUAGUCCCUCCCCUGCGCCUCUUCCCUUUUUUUCCCCCCUCAAGGAAGGGGGUUACACUUGCUAUAAGGAACCCCACUCCAUUUUGUGUGUGUGCGCCGCUGAGAGAAAAUUGGUGGUUGCCCCAUAAAAUGGCCACAAUUCUUUUGACCUCACCCCCUCCAAAGCCCCACGUUAAAUUGCAUCCCUUCCAUCAUCUUAAGUAUUUUUAUGUUCACUAGACCCAACGGAACAUUCCGGCUGUGUGAAUUAUGAAUUAUGGUGAUUUUGCAAUCAUCCCUCCCCCUGCCCCCGCCCAUUCUUUUCAGGUGGAAAACUUAGUCCAGGUGUCGCCACCUUGCCAAGGGCAGGAAGCAAAUAACUCGAGCAGCAACAGCAAGGAAAAGCCUGCCUAUCUUCUAAACAUCCCUGUGUAUGCUUGAAUACGUUGAAAUAUGCUGUAAAUAGAUGCUCAGUGAAUUCUGGUGUUCAAACGUGAUUCCACUAAAUGAGAGAGCCUCUUGUUUUUAGUCUCACCUUGAUUUAGCGCUGUUGCAAUGGAAGCACAUUAGUAUAUGAACUCCUCAUUAAGAAAGAGCAACAGCCUGACAGGAUGCAGGGGAAGAGAAAUGGAAGGAACUGCUCGCCCGGCUUCCUUCACUCUGCUCCUGUCUCUGCUCUGCUUUCCCCAGCCCAUGUGGAGAGGGGAGGGAGGAGUGCUUCUGCAGUUGCUCUGCCAGCCCAGAUUUAGACCCCACACUUUCUGUCCUGGGGUUGUGUGUUUAUAUCUACAACUUGGUGGGCCUCUUGCAGGACUGGGUUGAUGCUUGAAUAGUGUGCAAGCAGACUACCAUUUGUGUACAAACCUAUACUCGUGCCCAGCAUGGGAGCAAUUGUGGAAGCAGUGACCACCAGUGCAGGUAAAGGCAGCCAUAGGAAAGCUCUACCUGCACCCCACCCUUGGUCAGCCUGUUACAGGAACUCAGCUUGGCCCUUUGAGAUUUGUUGGGCCCCAGGGAGACUUCUCCAGCUGGUCGGGGGAGCCGUGGAAACAGCUGAGGUCACAAACCGCUGAGCGCUGUUGCCGCCCUUCCCACUUCCCAUGCUACUGCACAGACCACAGUUAAAUAAAUUAGUUUCAUGUAGCAUCUCUGCCUGCUGGGGGUUUGCACCCAAGUAUUCACUGUGCACUUUUCGGGUCACUAUUGCUAUUUCUUUCCAAGGUCACAAACUUCCAAGUAUUCAUAUUGCCUGGAUUUCAGCAGCUUUCUGCAAUCAUGUUAAGUACAGAGUAUUUACCUAGAAAGUAUCACUUUUCCUUCUGGGAUACGUAAGUUUGCAUAGUCACGGAGAGUGCAUAGGAGAUAGGUAACCCACAUUUCUGAACUGACAACAAAUUUGCUCUUCUAAAAUUAAAAAAAAAAGUUCAAUAGGAAAGCUGCGUUUUUUGAGAUUGCUACACGAAAUGCAGGGUCUGCCAUUUUGAUGUGCCAAUAACACCACAGGCAGAAUGAAAGAAAAACCUGUAACAGUCCAGAGUGUCUUUUUGCAUUGAGUGAGAGUAUUUUCAGAUCGAACAUUUUCUCCUUGAUCUGAAAAGUGGUGGUGGUGGCUUUAAAUAAGCUCAGUAUAGCCAACUGCAUUGGGAUUUUUCAGCGUCUGAGGCUGCUUUUUGCACUACUGCUCUUUGUUAUGUUACUUGCUUGAGUGUAUACAUGUGUGCUGGCCACCAAGGGUCUAUGAGUUGGUCAUCUCCACAUUCAGGAAGUUGUUUUAUCUCAUGAAAUACUGAGUUGUAGCUUUUCGUUACAGGAAACAAGUAUGUUCUUCCUAGGGGGGACUUUUCUCUUGCUGCUUCUGUUCAGUGCUGCUCCCCUAUGUGUUUUGGACAUUUGAAGAUCUUGAUGUGGGAGUUCUUGUGAUGCUUUGUUAGGGUUCCUUUUGGCACUUAGGAAACUGCCAAUUCACUGAACAGCAGGCGUGCCAAAGCAGCUUCCUCCCGGACGAGCCUUACUCUAGCCCUGAAGCAUUUCAGAGUUGGAUGUCUUCCCCUCUGGAGUUGGUCUCUUUUACAGGCCUUCCUUAGUUCUAGUAUGCUGUUGAGAUAUAUGCACCAGAUAAAGGACAGCAUUUGUUUCAUUUUACAACAUUUUGAGCUGAAACACAGAGAAAAUUUUGAAGUUUUUAUCAAAAUUUUAAACGUGGGGCUCUCUCCCCCCACCCCACCCCCUCAGCAUUUGACAUUUCAUGGGAAAGUGUUAUACAGUGAACUUGGUAGUGUGAAGAAAACCAUCCAGGCCUUCCUUCUUGCAUUACUGUUGUUAACUUUCUUAAUUUAUUUGUAGUGCUAAUUAAGAGCUUGUGUGGCUGUUUAUUUCACAGCACUGCUGCAAAGAUGGACAUGGAAUUUUCAAGUGGCUACUUUUUGUAAAUUGUUAACCCAGGUGAAGCGUCACUUGUUUAAAUCGCUUGUUUCCAAGGUCACGAGCUGCCUAAACUUCGUUUCUCAAAUUUCUCAUUUUUAUCUGUCUGUCAGAACGAUGCAAUUAACUUAGUGUAACUUCCUGUUUAUCUGCUUUUGGUAGCUGACUUAAAUUUCAUGCAUCACUGUGGAACGUUCUGCUGGUAUGUUUAAUGAACCCUCUAUUGCAAUAUCGGAAUAUUUUGUGCUAUUUGAAAAUACUCGAAUUUGAUUCCAUUGGGAACGCACUGUGAAUCUUUCUGUGAGCCAGCCCUUUAGGCACCAUAUUAUCUGUUUAAAAAUGAACAUUGUAGAAGCCAGUGGUUUGGGCUGGGUUGGCCUGUCGGUUCAGUUUAUCAGCAGGGUGGAAUUCUGGCAUUGGCUGUCUUGACACGAUUUUCUGAUAUAAGGAAAUGAUUGUCUUGCAAAAUGAUUUCAGUCCAAAAUGAUGAAAGGACCCUGAAUUAUGCUUUAUGUAGAAAAUACUUGCGUCCUACCGGUUUCAUUGGCACAAGUGGAAGACGGUUUGCCCGCAUCCUCGCCUCUCUGUAGCCUGUCCCAUGUGACUUUCUGCCAUCUGGAUCUCAUGUGUGUGUGUGUGGGGGGGGUCAAAACCAGCCUUUCUUCCACUUGUGCCAGUGGAAAAGCUGGCAGGAUCCAACCCUUUAUUUGCAUUUGUUUCUGUUUAGAAUAAAAUUUUAGAGUGAAACUGGAUUUGGGGCAAGUGUAAUCCUCAAGGCCUCACUUUCAGGGAAGUUUUAAUAUAUAUAUAGCGUUGAGCUUUUUUUUUAAAUAGCCCCCAAAUAAACUGGAUUGGAGAACCUUGGGGGAACGUUUGCUUAUGUUCAAAAGCAAAACUGUGGCAUCAUUUCUGGACAUGUCAAGUUCAUCCAUGUUCUUUUAAAAAGAAAACACAGCUGGGUUGCUUUAAGGGGGCAGGGGAGUUCUUGAGUUUAUAUCCAGCAGUGACAUGUAAUGGUCCAAGUUUCUCUUUUUAUUUAACAUUAUGAUUAAAACAAAAAUAAGGAACAAAAACACUAUUGCUGCGGAAUGCCAUAAACACUGAGUUGUACAAAUUGUGAUGGAGGAAAUGGAAAAAAGGUUUAUACUUUUUAAAAAAAAAUUCAAAUGGAAUAAAUUAUUCAUGAAGCCUUC